AUGUUACAUUUCAUUAUUUUCUUUCUAUUCAUUGUUAUUUUUAACAAUGUCUAUUUUGUCGUUAGUUGGGAUCCAUCAAAUUUUACUUUCAAUCCUGGCCAAGAUUACGAACUCGUUUUUCAAGAUGAUUUCGAAAAUGUUGGUCCAGUGAAAGCUUUUAUCAAUGGGAAACCUGCUUAUGCACCCAAUCCAAAAAACUGGGCUCCAAUUGUUGGCAUGCACAUUGAUGGAGGUUUACAAAAUUUCACUAAUUCAAUCUUCAAUGCAUAUGUUCAAGACGGUAAAUUCACUCUUGUCGCAUUAAAAGAAGGAUUAACAUCAGGUAUGUAUGCAAGUAAAAACCUACAGGAAUUCACUUUUGGAAUAUGGGCUGCAAAAAUUCAAUUACCCUAUGGUAAAGGAAUUUGGCCAGCAUGGUGGUUAUUGGGCAAUGCAGAUAAAUAUAAAUUAAAAUGGCCAACAUGCGGUGAAAAUGAUAUUUUAGAAAUGGUAGGAGGAAAUAAUGUAAGUGUAAAUCUUACCGAUCAAUAUGCACAUGGAACCGUUCAUUGGAAUAAUCAAUCCAAUACAAUGAAACCUGUUUUUAACAAACAAAUUCAUCAACAAUGGAAAACACCCGAUGAUUCAAUGCUUCACAAUCAUAGUCUGGUGUAUUGGACUGAAUGGACACCAGAACAAAUUACAAUUGGUGUUAAUGAAUUUAUCUAUUCGCGAAUUAAUACGACCAAUCUGCCUGAAUCUAUCAAUCCCGUCUGGGCGUUUAGUGGAAAAUGGCCAUUCUAUAUGAUAAUUAACAUCGGAAUUGGUGGCGAAUGGCCUGGACCACCUGAUAACACUACUGUUUGGCCACAGUUAAUGGUGACUGAUUGGAUACGAGUGUAUCAAAAGAAAACUGAGUAA